GUGCAGGUGGCAGCUUCAGUUUAACAAAGUCGGUGUUUCCAGGACUCCAGCACAGAGACCGGUGGGCCCUCGGGGCCUAGGCGGCCAUGGCAGUGGCUACAGUGGCGGCCCUACUGGCCGCACUGGGUGGGGGGCUGUGGCUGGCAGCCCGGAGGUUCCUGGGGUCCAGGGUCCAGCGGCUUCACGGCGGUGGGGACUCCAGCCUCAUGCACGGGAAGACGGUGCUGAUCACGGGGGCGAACAGCGGCCUGGGCCGUGCCACUGCUGCCGAGCUGCUGCGCCUGGGGGCGCGAGUGAUCAUGGGCUGCCGGGAUCGCGCGCGCGCCGAAGAGGCGGCGGGUCAGCUCCGCCGCGAGCUUAGCCAGGCCGAGGCCCCUAGGCCAGAUCCCGACGCCCGCGGGGCCGGGGAGCUCGUCGUCAAAGAGUUGGAUCUUGCCUCUUUGCGCUCGGUGCGCGCUUUCUGUCAGGAGAUGCUCCAGGAAGAGCCAAGGCUGGAUGUCUUGAUCAAUAACGCAGGGAUCUUCCAGUGCCCUUAUAUGAAGACUGAAGAUGGCUUUGAGAUGCAAUUUGGAGUGAACCAUCUUGGGCACUUCCUACUCACCAAUCUUCUUCUUGGACUCCUCAAAAGUUCAGCUCCAAGCAGGAUUGUGGUGGUUUCUUCCAAACUUUAUAAAUAUGGAGACAUCAACUUUGAAGAUCUGAACAGUGAACAAAGCUAUAAUAGAAGUUUUUGUUAUAGUCGGAGUAAACUAGCUAACAUUCUUUUUACCAGAGAACUAGCCCGGCGCUUAGAGGGUACAAACGUUACUGUCAAUGUAUUACAUCCUGGUAUUGUACGAACUAAUCUUGGGAGGCACAUAAACAUUCCACUGCUGGUCAAACCACUUUUCAAUUUGGUGUCAUGGGCCUUUUUCAAAACUCCAGUAGAAGGUGCCCAGACUUCUAUUUAUUUAGCCUCUUCACCUGAGGUAGAAGGCGUGUCAGGAAAGUACUUUGGGGAUUGUAAAGAGGAAGAACUAUUGCCCAAAGCUAUGGAUGAGUCUGUUGCAAGAAAACUCUGGGAUAUCAGUGAGGUGAUGGUUGGCAUAUUAAAAUAGAGACAAGAGGUAAAAGAGAGUUUUGUUUGUUUAUAAAACUGAAUGUGAAUUGUAUCCUUGACCUGGAGUGGUAUGGCUUGAUCACUUGCUACUUGAAAAAA